AUGGGGACCUCUGAGUCUUUCAGAAGACUAAUCAACAAGUUCUCGUCUAAAUCAUCGCUCCGAGCGGCCAACAACAACCAGUCCCACCUCGUCGCACCAUCCUCAUCGCCAGCUCAAUCGCACCCAACGAAACACUUCCUCCUCCCAAUAAACCCUGCGGAGGUAUCAAAACACAAACAUGACCACGUACCGAAGCAUCUCCCCAAACACACUGAUGGAUGUAACGAAGUCCGAUACUUCCUCUAUACGGUGCUUACGGUGAGGACAUUUGGUCUGACCAAGACCUGUCCGCAAUGGGUCCUUGAGACCUGUUGGUCUUGGAAAGGGAAGGGAUACGAGUUGCUUAAUAUGGAUGAUCAUGCCCUACGAGAGAUAUGUCCGCUAUUUCCCGGGUCUGCGCCUAUUGAUCCAUCGCUUUACAAGGUCGAGGACUUCCCUCCCCCAGAAGUCAGGGAAUUGAUUGGAACAGCUCUCCUUGUGGCGAUGCGCGAGUGCAAAGCUACUAUGGACGUUCGCAGUGAACACAUACAGCAAAGACUGGUGACAGAAAGGAAACGGGCGCUUACUCGCGUGACACCUAUGCCUCCUCCAAACACACGUCGCAUAUCUGUCGACAGCGAUCUUCGAGAUCGGGUCAGUAGCUUUUCCUCUUUGCAGGAUCCCUCCACUGCAAGGACAUCCCCUCCUCCCUCUGCCCCAAUCUCUUUAGGAGGACGACAAUCAGUCAUUACCGACACAGUGAUUCCGGACUCGGCGCGAGAAUACGGGAGACCCACGGUGCAGAGACAACCUCGACCGGAUACGUUACCGACACCCAGGAUAGAAGAGACCACGUCCAGAUCGGGAGCUUCGAUGUCUAGAUUGGGCCUUGAGGUGCCUGAGCAACGUCCCAUGAGAAGCUACAAUAGCGUCCCACGUCAGUUACGAAAUUGCCUGAGUGAUCUAUCAGCUUCCCAGCAAGAUCAGGGAACGAGAAACGUUCAAGCGCAGCCACAGUUACUAUUGGGCAGACUACCUGUUGCUCCUACCGUAUCUGGGUACAACAACAUAACCACAUCUAAUGCGGAUAGCAACGUGCGUCAACAGGUGUACAUGACCAGCCGGCAACCAAACGAGCGGCAAAUCAACCAGCCAUCGAGAUAUCGCGUCCAGAAAAGCUCAAUAGACGAUUUACCUUCCCAAGCUCACCGGCAAUACAACGUUGGCGAUCUAAGAGGCCCGGGGUCGCAAACUCGCAAACAAUCCCACAUGAGAUUCCCUUACAGCGUUCAAGAGCGGCAAUCUCCCCAGCCCUUCGCUGGGCGGCAGGAACGUGCCCCUUCGCGAGCAGCAUCGGUCCCAGAUACUAAUCUUAGUUGUCGCACAUACGCAGAAAGGCUACGGCCGUCCACUUCGACGUCUAUCCAUAUUCACAUACCACCCUAUCCUAACCCUGAAGUUAUUCAACAUACCAUCGCAAACGAGGACAUGUACAUGAGCCAAAGAAGCCGUCAAAAACGCCAUCCAUCGCUAGCAACAUCGAAUUUCCCUCCAGAAUCUCUGGAGACUAGGGCGCAAACUCACGCCCAAUGGCAAGGCAAGAGGGUCCUUGCGAGCGCAGCAAGGCUUCGACAGCGACAAGAUCAAGUCAGAUCGCCUGCCCCGAUACAACACAACGAUCAAGCAGACGUGGGAGAAUGGAACAGAGCACAAGCUACGGAUCUACAUCGCCUAGCAGAACACCGCGAACGGAUCGAGAAGAUAAUAGCCCCUGGCAAAGAGGUGGACGGAGUCGUGCGAGGAUCGGGCGGCAGGCAGACGUGCUACCAGAUGAUUGAGCAGAAGUUAAAGCAGAAUCAAAGACCGCAAAGAGGCACAUGUACAACCCUUCGCGGCAAGUUUCUGGACCUGCCAGGCGAGAUCCGCAACCAGAUCUACUCAUAUAUCAUCUAUCCCGACUUGCAUUCGGUAACCAUUGCAAAUUGCGCCAUACCUGAGCAUCUCGCUGCAUCGGUACUCCAUCUUCCUCUCUUCCGCACUAGUCACCAGAUCCGGGCAGAAGCCCUGUCCUACCUCUGCGCCAACAUUCCUUUAAGAAUCCUUGGUGUCCGGACCGCGAACGUCUUUUUUUCCUGGGCAGGGAGCGCUGUGUCGGAUAUCAAGUCCCUUACCAUCGCCCAAGUGGUGCUUGAUGUCCGUAGGGACAACGUGGACAAGUUCUUCGAGGUACUGGACACAAUGCAUGGGUUGGUGGAGGUGAGACUAGAGAUUGUGGAAAAGUUUGAGACUUUGGAAAAAUGCAAAGAGAAUGUAGAGUUCAUGAGGCGUAUCAAAACACUAGAAGAAAGAGGCGUUCAUGUAUGGGUAGGGUCUACUAAUGGACUACGUGGUCUCUAA